AUGGUGCACAGCAACCCAACAUCCCCGCCUUACCUCCUAUUCCGUUCCACUCCUACACCAUCCCAACAGGAAACCGGCGAUGGAACCACCAAAGCCAUCAAGCGCGCCCUCAGCGACAACGACAUCCAGACCAUCUUCUUCGUCAACCUGAUCACCGACCACGAUGAUAAAGCCAUCGUGUCCAAUCUCAAUGCCAGCCGCUGCUAUCUCACUACUGAAGUAGAGAAAGAAAUCUACGACAAGGUUCAACGCAACGACCUACCAUCGGAUACCUCACUCUCCGCCGGAUUCGAACGGGGUGCUUCUCGAGUCGAGGUUCUGGGUGAUUUUCUUCGGAAGGUAUCGUGGUUAAGUAUAAGAUGCGAGCUACCGUUCCAGGAAAAACAACUCCCCAGCGAUAAAACCUACCACCAAACCAAAGCCUGUCUGUAUCAGGAGAUACGCAAACACUUGAUGGCCUCCAGUUUAUCCCACGGGAUAUACACCAGAUUAGAAUUGGUCGCUAAAACUAUAGCGGAGAGGAUAGUCCUAAGCGGGGACUCGUCGCCUCAACGCAAGCGAUUCGGGGUGUUGGUUACUUCGCCGGGGGACAGAGGUCCGUUGUCGCCACGUGUCCUUCGAUACAACCAGUUUGAGUUUGAUCCGGCCGGGUUGUAUUUACGUUCCAGCCUAUACGUUGCUCAGUUCGUUGAAGAUAACUUCAAAGGGGUGCGAAAGGGUAGUACUAUGGACCCUCGUGGCUUUGAGCUGGUGCAGGGUCUGACGGACCAGAGGUCUAUAGAUGUCUACUUGCCAUGUCCUUAUGUCAGUAAUUUGUGGCGUGCGUGCGACUAG